AUGCCACUCGCAGAUGGACAGGACUCGGUACAGAAAUGGAGGGCCUCAAAGGGAUGGCUACCUCGGACGUUACACAAAAUAUACCUCAUUCCGCUGGCAGGGUUGUUCCUGUUCAUGCUGGGAGUCAUCGAACUUCUGCGCGAAUACUCCAAGCGGAUGGGAGGUAUAGUUCACUGGACAUAUGAAGAGGACCUGCCGAUGGCCAUAUGGGGAGCCUACACCUAUCUGCCCUUGAUCUUUGCCCUAUUAGCCAUCAAUCUUCUGGAUGUUUGCGCCCAGGAUGUAUUACGGCUUGAACCUUUUUUUCAACUCGCUAAGCCCGGCGGGGCUCCGGCCACAGUGCUAUUCAACAAUUAUUGCUGCAACGCCUUUACGGCAUCAUUCAUAGCAUUUCGCAAUCGCCAUUGGGUUGUGCUAUGUGCUGCACCAGUCUCCUUGAUUUUUCGCAUGUUCCUCCCCUCGCUGCUAGCUGGUCUAGUGGUCCUGGACGAUGGAAAUUGGAUUGAGAAGAAACUCGUCAACACCUGGCCGACUAUCAUCGAUUUGGAGAUUCAACAAGUUUGGCUCGCAGCAGGAUCCUUGGGGGAGGGGCCUUUGGGUUCGCCGGAGCUGAACAGCUUUUUCAUGCCUGACCCUGCAGAUUACGCAACUCCUCCUGUCUCACUGCCCGAUGAUCAAAACGACUCGUCUUUGUUAACUUUGAAUCAAACCAUAUAUUGGUCGAAUAUGACAUGUGUCAGCAAUACUCGAAGAGGGGUAUCGCCACAAACCGUGAAAAAUACCACCUUGACGAGCCAACUGCCUCAUGGUCAACAAAUUUGGUCAUGGAAUGUUGGAAAUAUGUCACUGGGUACCCUUCCAGGCGGUAACAGCAGCUCACACUGUCAGAUCAACGUUGCGUUGGACACUGUCAUCGGAUCAGAUCAACAGACUCUACAAGCGAAGUUUUGGGAGCCCAUGGGCUCUGAUGGGAAAUUACCGGCUCCAUCCGCCUUCACAAACGAGGAUUGCAGUGCUUUCAAGGUUUUCGGGAUAAUGGUCGAUAUGGAACUUGCCGCAGGAAACGUUUCCGAUUCGAAUGUCACGGUCCUUGCCUGUUCACCAACGUAUCAGCAAGCCUCGGCAGCUGUGACUCUCAACCCAAACGCCUCUAUUGCCGAUGUGGAUAUAACGACGUCAACUGUCAAAUCUCUCGACACAGCUGCAUUCUACGUGGAUGGAAUUCACGAUCUGAUUGCCUCUCGAUAUUUGACAUCGGUCUCCGAUGUCUGGUUCGGAAACACCUCGCAGUUCAAUGGUUCUGCCAGUAGCGGUGACCCCAUCAUCGUCGCAACCGAUUCGACUAUAUUAGCCUACGAGGACUAUGUGCAGAAAAUCCGCCAGUAUUGGAAUUCAGACUUCAUUGUCACGAUCGAUCGAUUUUUCAGCCCUGGAGGGUUUCCAACAUCCGUCGAAGCCAAACAGCGGAGUUUUGUGGUCAUUUUGACGGUCGCAUCCAAGGCCGCAACAGUUGCUGAAGCUAUUCUGGCCUUGGGCCUCUGUAUGAUCGCUACUUUGACAUACGUGUACCGGCGUCGGCCUAAUUUCUUGCAAUGGGACCCAGGGUCAAUCGCUGCUCAAUGCACCAUCGUUGCACGUCUCUUCAAGCCCUCAACCCAGGUCAUGUUCUCAGAGGCAAAAUUGCACAUGUCAACCACUCGCCAACUUCGGCAAUGGGCAAACGGCAAAUGGUGCGAGUGGGUAGAUGAUGAUGGUAAAGAAAAGCUCCAAGUCGUUGAUCGAAGUGAAGCAUCUCUGGCUCCACCUCAUCCACCUCCCGGUCGCCGAGAUCCCAUGCCCCAUUUCUUGAGGCCUAUUUGGUUUCUGCUCGAGUGCUUGCUUUUCGCAGCGAUACUGGCUCUUUUCGGCAUGAGUUUGGCAUACCUUCGCUGGAAGAAUAUCAACUCUUUCUUCAGUACCGGAGCCACUGUGGCCAUGAUCUUCCUCAACUUUGGUCCCACUGCGAUUGCGUCUAUCAUUGGCUCGUUUCUCGUCUCAAUUUAUCGCAGUUUAAGCUCGAUGGAGCCUUGGAUUAGGCUGCAAGAUGGAAUGGCCUCGGCGCGGCAGUCUGUCGUCGAGAACUAUGGGAUUCAAACACCUUUUAUUCCAUUGUUCAUCAGACGCCAUCGACGACCCGGUAUUCUUCUUGCACUGUCUAUUGUGUGCCUAGGAGAUCUCGUGCUUCGAAUCCUCAGUGGUGGCCUCUUCACACCACAACUCAAGAACUAUUCGUCGCCGAGCUCGGAUUUGAUCAACAUGUACAAUUCUUCUGCCAUGGUCAACAAUGUCAACCAAAGUGAUAUCGAAAUUUCCUUGGUGGCUACAGGCAGACUGUUGAACAACGUCUCCUUCCUUCAAUGGGCUUCAACAGAUGGAAAAUUCUUCAUGGUGCCAUUCUCGUUUCACAAUGCCUCUGACGAUGACUACUACACUGUAUAUUCGGCAACAACACGAGGCAUUGGAGCCGACCUCGACUGCAAGGUGCUCCCCGCUGCUUCAUCGGACACUUCACUUGCCUGGAAUUAUACGAUCGCUCAAUCCGGAGCCAAACAGACCUGUAGCGUGGACAUUCCCCUGACAGACGACUUGACGAGCAAAAGCGGAAAGUCUGUUCACUAUUAUGCCCCCAAUGGGACAGACACGACUUGCCAAGAAUCCAGCAUCUUUGUUUUAGCUUUCUGGGACCUAAAGAACGUGACCGACAUCAACAAAGCCGGCACAACCGCCUUACAUUGCGAGCCAAAAAUUCACAUACAAGAUUUCCACGUCGAAUUCGACUCCAGUGGAAUGGUUCAGAAUCAGAAUGCCAUCAGUGGGAGCACCAUUUCAAGCGGCGGACUCUUUCAAAACGCAUCAGAAAUCUUGGCGGACUUCAAUCAAGUGUUAGCCGGCCAGCCUCGAAACUUUUCAUCACAUCAUUUCAACUUCUCACACCCUCAUGACCGCCAACACCACCAUCGACAUGACUGGCCUGGCCGAUUAACCGCCAAUGCCUAUGACAUGACCUUCCCACACGACUUCACAUUGAAGUCAAGACAUCUCAUGCUCUCCGUGCAGACAGUCUACCAGACUGUUUUCAGUACCCACCUCGCUCUUUGGAAGGAAAAAUUCCUUGAGCGUCUACCGACACAUUCUCCCCAAGCGGCACACGGCAAUCUCCUAGAUAGCCUGUGGGGAUUCAUACCUUCCACCAGCCUAGUCGUCAUCAUCAUCUGCCUCCUAGCCAUUGACGCAGUCGCGCUAAUGGGUGUGUUCGCAUUUCGCUUCAACCGAUAUCGAGGACCGCGCGUGCCACGGUCAAUCGGAUCUCUCAUCCCGUGGGUUGUGCAAAGUCGCAUGCUUGCCGACCUUGGGGAUACGUGGGACAUGAGCGAACGCGAGCGGGAGAGGUACUUGCUUGAGAAGGACUGCAAGUAUAAAGUCGGAGACUUUUCAGCUGUGGGUGGGCCCCCGUGGGCCUUAGAUUAUGAUUACGAUAACCAACGUUCAGAACCGGGGAUUGAGCUGCAUGAACGUGGACCUGUUGAUUAG